AUGGAAGAAUUGAACAAAUGGUUGUUAGAAAGGGAGCGUGAAAAUAUAGAAGAGCUCGAGCGGAUUCAAGCUACAAACUCUCAAGCGGCUGCAAUGGUGGCGCAAUAUCAAUUAUCGGAGACACCUAGAGGACGUGGUUCAAGACCUGGCCGUGCCCCAAAUGUCGAAAGACAUAGAGAAGUCCGAGGUCAUUUUCUCCUGGAGGAUUAUUUUGUGGAAUGUCCAGUGUAUGAUGAAGCAGGCUUUCGAAGGAGGUAUAGAAUGCAAACACAUGUCUUCCAACACAUAAUGGAGGAUCUUUGCAACCUUGAUAGUUUUUGGGGGCAAAAAUCAGAUGCCACUGGAAAAAUGGAAUUGCUUCCCGAACAAAAAAUGACAGGUACCCUGAGAAUGCUUGCGUACCGUGCAGCUGCUGAUCAAUGUGAUGAAAUCACUAGAAUGGGAGCUUCUACAUCGCUGAAAUAUCUGAAGAAGUUCUGUAGAAUUGCCCAACUGGCUGGAGCUUUCUCGGGUCGAAAGGGUAGACCAACUAUUAUUCUUGAAGCUGUGGCGUCUUACGAUACACAUAUAUGGCAUGCUUUCUUUGGAACCCCUGGAGCUCAAAAUGAUCUCAACGUUCUUGGUGCAUCUAAUGUGUUCGAGCGUGUCAUAGGUGGAACUGCUCCUCUGGUUGAGUUUGAGGUCAAUAACAAAAGGUACACUAAUGGUUAUUACCUUGCUGAUGGAAUAUACCCAAGGUGGUCAACUUUUGUCAAAACAAUAUCGAACCCCAGAACAAAAGAUGAGAAACACUUUUGCAAAAAACAAGAGGCUUACCGCAAAGAUGUGGAAAGGUGUUUUGGUAUCCUCCAAUCUCGAUGGGCCAUACUGCGUCAUGGUGCUAGGUUGUUUAAACUGGAGGAUCUUCAAGCCAUCAUGAUAAGUUGUAUCAUUCUUCAUAACAUGAUUGUGGAGGAUGAGUUUGUGGAGGAAGAAUUUGCGGAGCCUGAAGAAGAUGAUCUAAUGAAUCCAGCAAUGGCAACCGUCUAUGAUCGGCCUGUGCAUCCUAAUAUUGGAGAGGCUAUUCCUUUCGAACCAGUGGGGAGAGAUGGACAUAAUCUUCCUUCAUUCAUGGAUCGUGAAUUUCAGGUAGAGUCAGCCUACGUCCACAAAUGCCUACAAGAUGAUUUGGUGAUGCACAACUGGAACAUAGAUGGUAACUGA